GAAAAGAAAUGAUGCACAUUGAAAAGAUAUUUUUCUAUUGGUCACAAAAAUAAAGAAAAAUUAAUGAUGACAAAGACAAUUAAGAACAACUAGAUGAGAAGUGAAGAAAAGGGAAACAUAACAAUUGGUUUAUGACAAAGUUAGAGUUUGGAAAAGUCAGAAAAAACUAUGAUUGGGUUGAUAGUGGCAUGCAACAUUAUAGUAUUGAAUUUGAUUAGCUUCUAAGAUAAGAAAAAAUCAACAAAAAUGGAGUAGGAAACAACCAAGUCAAACUUUUUCUUUGUUUUUUCCUUUAUGAAACCUCAUGUUAUUUUUUUUCCACUACUUCCUCUUCAUCCUAAACAUGCUGCACUUCUCUUUGAUGAUUUCUAGUUAGCAUGUUACAUGAAAUGCUUCUUUUUUUACAUGAGACAAAUAUUUUUGUCUGAUCCUAUUGUUUGUACUAUAAUCAGCAAUUGGUCAAAGAAGUUUUGAUUUAGAAAUAUUUGUAAAAUGGAAAUACAAAGUGUGAUGCUCUUUUUGGUAUUCUUAUGGGCUGAAAUUCAUCUCAUCUCUUCAUUCACUGAUCCUCAAGAUGUUGCUGCACUUAGAUCUCUUAAAGAUAUAUGGGAAAAUACACCACCCAGCUGGGACAAAUCAGAUGACCCUUGUGGAGCACCAUGGGAAGGAGUGACCUGCAACAAAUCAAGGGUUACUUCAUUGGGACUGUCAACCAUGGGCUUGAAGGGUAAAUUAAGUGGAGAUAUUGGUGGACUCACAGAAUUAAGAUCCUUGGAUUUGUCCUUUAAUAAAGGUUUAAUGGGUCCUAUAUCUCCAGAAUUGGGAGAUUUAAGCCAGCUUAAUAUUCUGAUUUUGGCUGGUUGUAGCUUCAGUGGCAAUAUUCCAGAUAAAUUUGGAGAUCUUUCAGAGCUAUCUUUCUUGGCUUUAAAUUCAAACAACUUCACUGGAAAAAUACCUUCUUCAUUGGGAAAACUCUCCAAACUUUAUUGGUUGGACUUAGCAGACAAUCAGCUUACAGGACCUAUCCCAGUUUCAACUUCCACAACCCCUGGCUUAGACCUCCUUUUAAAGGCUAAGCACUUCCAUUUCAGUAAGAAUCAGCUUUCUGGUUCCAUUCCUCCAAAACUUUUCAGCUCUGACAUGAAACUCAUACACAUAUUAUUUGAUAGGAAUGACUUAAGUGGAAGUAUACCUUCAACAAUAGGACUAGUUCAGACAGUUGAGGUUCUUCGGCUCGAUCGAAAUUUCUUGACAGGAGAAGUUCCUUCAAAAAAUCUCAACAACCUUAGUAACAUCAAUGAAUUGAAUUUAGCACACAACAAUUUGUCAGGUCCUUCGCCAGACUUAACUUCAAUGGAUACCCUUAACUAUGUGGAUCUUAGUAGCAACAAUUUUGAUCCAUCAGAAGCUCCAAGUUGGUUCACAACUCUACCAUCACUUACCACUCUUAUUAUGGAGUUUGGAUCUCUUGAAGGUCCUCUUCCACCAAAACUCUUCGGCAGUCCGCAAAUACAGCAAGUAAAACUAAGAAGCAAUGCAUUGAACAAUACACUAAGCAUGGGCGACAACAUAUGUCCGCAACUGCAGCUUGUGGAUUUACAAGACAAUCAGAUUUCAUCAGUAACACUCAAUUCACAAUACAAAAAUACAUUGAUUCUCAUAGGAAAUCCAGUUUGCGAUACCGAGCUCUCUAAUACAAAUUACUGCAACCUUCAGCAACAGCCUAAACGACCGUAUUCAACUAGCUUGGCGAAUUGUAGAGCAAUAUCAUGUCCUCCUGAACAAAAACUCAGUCCACAAAGUUGUGAAUGUGCUUAUCCAUAUCAAGGAAUGUUCUACUUUAGAGGACCUUUGUUUAGAGAAUUGUCUAAUAUAAGUACUUUUCAUUCACUUGAAAUGAGCUUAUGGGUGAAAUUAGGCUUAACACCUGGUUCAGUUUCUUUAGAAAAUCCUUUUUUCAAUGGUGAUGAUUAUCUUCAAAUGCAACUAGCACUCUUUCCACCAACAGGACUAUAUUUUAAUAGGUCAGAAGUUCAAAGGAUUGGAUUUUCAUUGAGUAAUCAAACUUACAAGCCUCCACAUGAAUUUGGACCCUAUUACUUCAUGGCAUUUCCAUAUGCUUUUCCAGAUUCGCGCAAAGGAUCUACUUUUAGCAGAGGUAUUAUUAUUGCGAUAGCAGCUGGGAGUGUAUUUCUGGUUUUGUGCCUCAUAGGGUUAGUUGUAUACGCAAUCCUGCAAAAGAAGCGCGCAGAGAAAGCCAUCGGAAUAAGUAGACCAUUUGCAUCAUGGGCACCAAGUGGCAAGGAUAGUGGAGGUGCACCACAAUUGAAGGGAGCAAGAUGGUUCUCUUAUGAUGAACUCAAAAAGUGCACCAACAAUUUCUCUGGAAGCAAUGAACUAGGCUUUGGUGGCUAUGGCAAGGUGUACAAAGGAGUGUUCCCUGAUGGAAAAAUAGUUGCAAUCAAAAGAGCUCAGCAAGGAUCAAUGCAAGGAGGCCUAGAGUUCAAGAAUGAAAUCGAGUUACUUUCAAGAGUUCAUCACAAGAAUCUUGUUAGCUUAGUUGGAUUCUGUUUUGAACAAGGAGAACAAAUGUUGGUUUAUGAAUUUAUCUCCAAUGGAACACUUAGGGAGAGUUUGUCAGGGAAAUCCGGUACUCAACUUGAUUGGAAGAGGAGACUCCGUAUUGCUCUUGGCUCGGCUAGAGGACUUGCAUACUUACAUGAACUUGCCAACCCUCCCAUAAUCCAUAGGGAUGUGAAGUCAACGAAUAUCUUACUGGAUGAAACUUUGACAGCAAAGGUUGCAGAUUUUGGCUUGUCUAAGCUUGUAUCAGACAGUGAGAAAGGCCAUGUCUCAACUCAAGUUAAAGGGACAUUGGGCUAUCUAGAUCCUGAAUAUUACAUGACCCAACAACUAACCGAAAAGAGUGAUGUAUACAGUUUCGGUGUAGUUAUGCUUGAACUGAUAACAUCCAAACAACCACUCGAAAAAGGUAAGUACAUCGUUCGAGAGGUUCGAACCUUAAUGAACAACAGAGAUGAAGAGUAUUAUGGUAUAAGGGAACUAAUGGAUCCAGUGGUGAGAAACACAGUGAACCUCACAGGAUUCGGGAGGUUCUUAGAGUUAACAAUGCAAUGCGUGGAAGAAUCGGCUUCAGCCCGUCCAACAAUGAGUGAAGUUGUGAAAGCAUUAGAAACUAUAUUACAAAAUGAUGGAAUGAAUACAAAUUCUACUUCUGCUUCUUCUUCUGCCAAUGACUUUACUAAGGGUGGUGCUGCAAUGAGACAUCCUUACAUUGAUAAUACUUUUACUAAGAAGGAUGAAGUUAUUGAGAGUAAUGAAUUUGAUUACAGUGGAGGGUACACACUUUCAAAUAAAGUGGAACCUAAAUAGAUACUUUACAUAUUGUUUGUCUUUAUCAUUCUCAAAGGAGAACAUUUACUUGUUUUUUCUGGUUUUGUAUAAGAAAUGUAAUGUUGGCUAUAUUCUUUUUGUGGCCUAUAGUUUUCUUGCAUGGAUUGUUUAGGAAGAAAUGUAGCAAGUUUGUUUAUCUCACAGCAAUAGUAUAUAGUAAGAGCACUCUUGUAAUAGAUCUUGUUCAUUCUGGUUAAAGGCGUGUGAUCCAGGCCGUGUGAAUUUGAUCGGACGAUUUACAAAACUUGCAUAUUUAAAUGUUCUUUUUAGUGUGAA